UAUGUAGCUAAUGUAAAUAGCUACAUAUAUAGCUUCCAGCUAGCAAAGUUAUCAUUUCCGGUUUCUCCAGGCACAACUAAUCGAUCAUGAGUGACUUAAAAAAGACUCUACAGCACCAUGUCCACCCCGGAAUGUGACAACUCAGCUCAGCUGCAUGACCAACAACUUGACAGUUUCUUGGGACUCCGACGGCGAUGUUGACUACUUCAUGGUGUGGGUAAAUGAGUACAUGGGAGGGAGCAGUGAGACCUUCAACACCACCAGCACAGAGAGUUCCACCAGUAACGUGAUCUGUGGGAACAACUACACUGUCCAAGUCGCAGCCAUCAAAGGGGACUGCCAGACCAGUACCAGUCAGACCCAGAGCGUCCUGUCAGCUCCAUGCCAGCCUCAGGGCAUCAGAGGAAGCCUGGACUGUGUGACGAAUUCAGCAUGGAUCUCAUGGAACACGGCCCUGUAUGCUGACUGCUACACUGUGUCGGCAGUCGGGGAGGACAACAGCGUGGCCAACUGUACCACCUACACCAACACCACCUGUGAGGUGGAGGACCUGGCGUGUGGCAUUCUGUACAACUUUAGUGUGACUGCAAAGAACAGCCAGUGUGGGAGUCAGCCUAGCACCGCCAUUGACCUGCAGACUGCCCCCUGCUCCCUCUCUGGCAUCACAGCCAUCCCUCAGUGCCACAACUCAUCCAUCCUGGUCAUGUGGGAGCUGGCGGAAGGCAGCGAGGGUAACACCGUGUACACCGCCACAGCCGAAGCCAGAGACCACACGUACUUGUCCUGCAAUGGCACAGGGACCAGCUGCACCCUUUACGGGGCGCGAUGUGACUUCCGCUACACCGUCAUCGUCGCCGCUUCCUCAGACCAGUGCAGCAGUUUGAGAAGUCCGCCCUACAAGAUUAGCAUGGAACCGUGUCCACCUAGUGAGGUGAACGUCACCGCCUACUGCGAGGACCACAAUGCACUGGUGUCAUGGAGCCCCUCACCGGUCGCUGCAACCUAUCACGUUGUUGCAACGGCAGCAGAUGGACACAUGCACGCCUGCAACGCCUCGUCCACCAACUGCAGCUUGACGGGACUCCACUGCGAUGAGCAGUACCAAGUGUAUGUGACAGCCUGCCAUGAGAACUGCUCGAGUGCAGCCAGCUACAACGUAACACUCAACACAGGUCCCUGUCAGCCAGAUGAUGUCUCAGUGACCUUCCACUGCAGUAAUCAGUCUGCAGUGCUCUCCUGGACCCCCAGUGACAAUGCUGUGGACUACCAUGCCUGUGCUGAGGCGUGGAGCGGACAAAUGCUCCACUGCCAGAGCACGUACCCCACAUGUACAAUCCAGAAUCUGGAUUGCGGGGUCCUCUAUAACUUCUCUGUCCAGGCUUCAGACGGCAUGUGCAACAGCUCCUUCAGCGACCCCGUGGAGACGGGAGCAACCCCUUGUCCUCCAGAUGUUGUGGAGGUGCAGCAUGUGACCAUGUAUGCGGACGUCCAGUUACUGAGGUUCAAUUGGACGGACAUAAGCUGUGCCGACACGGAGUACAUGCUGGCUUUAGAAGGGAACCUGCUGGGAGACGACCAGGCCCAGUUUGAGGUGUCGUCCUAUUGGACAAACAGGACUUCAUUUGAGAUCCCGCUUCCUUGCGGGUCGUGGUACUCGGCUACCGUGGAGAGCAGAAACGCAGCCGGAAGCAGUGACCGAUCCGGGCCUCUUAACGGAACAACAGUCCCGUGUCCACCGUUGAACGUGAUGUACAGUAGCGACUCCAUCACUGUAGUUUCCUGGGACCCGGCAGUGUUUGCCACCAUGUACUCUGUGUACAUGCCAACCGUUUCGCUCACUUCCCAGCUGUGCACCACCCCAGGAUUGUCCUGCUCGCUGCCCCCCGGCAUCCCUUCUGCAGACCUGCUGGUCACAGCCAGCAAUGCAGCCGGAGAAAGCGAAGGAGCGAGCGUCACAGCGGUGAAUUUACUUGGGCGCAGGAAAAGAGACCUCACUAACAGUGAAGGCCUCACAGCACCGAGGAUACACGUCACCUUGCCCAAGCCAGGUGUCGUCGACACAAAGUGGUCUCGUUCAGACGCUGCCACUGAUUACAAACUGAUGAUCAAGCAGCAGCAGGGCGGUUCUGAGGAACUAACAGUGGUCGGAGAACACAUCAUCCUCACAAAUCUGAGCCCCAACUCCACUUACUGCCUCACGGUGUCGGCCAAGAACAAUACCAACAUGGGACCCGAGUCAGAACCUGCGUGUUUGCAAACACGCUAGACCCACUGACUUGUCUUGAUUAUAACGUGACUUUGAAGCAGGGGUGCCCAUUACGUCAAUCGCGAGCUACCAGUCAAUGGUGGAGGGUGUGUCAGUCCAUCGCCAGCCAGGCAUUAAAAAAAUAGACCUAAAAUUAGCGAUCAUCAAUCUUCACCAAGACGUCACUUUCGUCACUUGAUUGACAUUCACGGCACCCAAGGGUCUUGUGAGAUGACACUGGCUGCUCCCAGAUCAUUAUUAAUAAAAUAUGACCGACAGGAAGGCGAGAAACACUUUUUAUUUCAACACUCUCACACCGUAGCUGCCGUCAAAACUCUAAAAACCGACCGUACAGUUCCUGUCUACACAAUAAAAGAAAGCUAGUGCACACAAGCUAGCAAGCUACAGAGUUUGCUGCCAAUGUAUUUCUUGUAAAGUGUAUAAAAAGGAGUAUGGAAGCUUGACAAAUAAGAUGGCAAAAAGCAACCACUUUCAUGUGGUAUUGGACAGAAAGGAGGACAUUUUUUCUCCUCCAUUUGAAAAUGUGGACGUUAUCAUCACUACUGUCUGAUUCCAAUCAAUGCAGGUCAUCAGAAUCAGGUCAUACACCAACUUAUAUUAUUGUCUUCAUGAAAUAAAUUAAUCUUUAUGUGUUAAACAGGGUUGUAUUAUCAUUAAAUACCUUUAACUUGUUAACAAAAACGUCUCUUUCAUAAAUAAAUAUCAAUUACUGUAUAUAUAUGAAUGAGAUAGAUCCCCUCCACUUGGUCAAUUGAAAAGUAGCUCGCCUGCAGAAAAACUGUGAGCACCCUUGGUUUGAAACAUGACGACGCCCUUCUUCAGAUCCGCUACAACACAGAAGGUUCUUUUUUGACUAAAAAUUGUGCACUAUUUGGACAAAAGUAUUGAAACACAGCACUUAAUUGAUUAUUGGUUAAAAAGUGCAGUCAAUUAAUUAAGUCAUAUUAUGUUUUGCAUAUGGUGAAUGUUUAUAUUCAUCUUGGAGAAAGCAAACCACCAGUUUAAAUAGUAGGUAUUUCAUUUUGGGCACAUUAUAUCAUAGGGCCCUUUAGUACUGACAUUUGUGUGUGGAUUGGAUUAGUUAUCGCGGAAGAAAAGGCAAUAAAAUCGGACCUGGGAAUGCAAAGGUGAUGGCCCUAUCCGCGAGAAGAGACUGCAUGUUUAGCUUAAUGCCAGCAUCCAAGAUACAACCUGCAUCUGUUUUAUUUUCAGUCACUUACACACAAACUUUUCCUUUGUGGUCAGGAUGCACUCUCCUGACUCAGCACCCACACACACAGGAGGUAGGAAUAUAAAAGCUGAUGGUUUGACUUCUCCAAGUUAGAAGUGCCUCAUUUUUUUGACCUGACCUACUCCAGGAACUGCAGUCCUGUAUAA